CGAGUCCCCUCGCGGUGAUCUCCACUUGCCAUUUUCCUUAUUCGUCCUUCCAUAUAUACCCUGAUACAAUUAGGAAAGUGCUGUAGCCAUGCUCAGCCCUCGUCGCCUAGCAAUAUCGCUACCCUAAUGACGGGCGGUUUCCCAAUUGCAUGUUAUCCGGUAGGACCUUGAUCCAUGUCUGUCUAAUCCCUGUUUCAGUUACAGGAAGAUUACCGUGGAGGCGCGAACACAACAGUGCACCCCCGGAAGCAGAUACUGACUCCAACCUCAGAAAGGGGGUCGUCGCUUCUGGAGCUGGAUGGAUAAUAACCGAUUCUGACCACUUGCAGACUUCAGCCUCGCUGAGAAGAACAGCUGUCGAUACUUCUUCCACAUGCAGCGAUCAUGACGUUGCACUACAUGCCCCUACGCCGUAGUCUGCCCUUGCGUAGAUUCCUAUACAAUACGAUCAGCAAUUUCCUAUCCAAGUAACAGACUCGAUCCUUCUCUCCUCGAGGACGGGGAGAUUCCCCGAUUCCAUUCGUCUGUUUGUCUCGCACACCCUGCUGGUGUUGCACAUUCACGUCCACAGAGCCGCCAAUCUAGCAGAAUGGAGGAAAUGGUCUCCCGGAUUUCGUCGCGUCACCUUCUCAUCAAAACCGGCCCCACCAGAAACACGUUUCUUCGCACCACAUGCAGACAUCCAGCCGUCUCGCUUCUCCUGCCGAUGUGAGAUCCACUUCUUGAUAUCAAGACAAGAGGGGGAUCACGGCGUUUGGACCAGUUAUG